AUGGGUGCGCGCGCCUCCCCACUCCCCCUCCGGACGGACACACACAAACAGAGGAGCAGAUCGAUAGGGCUGUGUCUCACCGGCGGUCUGUCCCCUCAGCAUCUCUGUCAGCAUCUCGAGGUAAGUUCUUCCCUCCAGAUCACUGGAUCACAUCUAAUCUUAACCUGGGCCACCCUCUACCGGGCAUAUGCCGAAAAAUUACGGUAUGGCCAUUUCUUUGACAUUUUAAUAAGACUACUAAUUAUUUUCCUGCAAAUUUUGGAUUUAAAUGCGGAAAAAAGACAGCACGGCUGUGCCUACGAGAUUACCACCCAGCUUGCAGUUUCAGCCGAUUUCCGAAGUCGGGAUUGGAUAUUGUCCCCGAUAAGCCGGAGGAUGAAGUGUUCGCUUUCCCAUCUCCGGGCUGUUCCUAUCCGCCCAGCUCCGGCAGCGGCCCGCGGACGGGAAGCGGUGCCUUCGAGGCAAUAA